AUGAAAGCAGCAGCGCUGCGCCUCGCGACAGGACGCGCUCGAAGCGCUGUGGCGCUGCGGCGACCCGUCCUGCCACUCUCACACGGCGCAGCCGCGCUGCUCGGUCGCCACUCGGCGUCGUUCCAUAGCACACGCAGUGUCCGAGAGCCCUCGAAACGCGACUUCUACGACGUCCUCGGCGUCGCGCGCAAUGCCAGCAAGAACGAGAUCAAGAAAAAGUACUACCAGCUUGCAAAGAAGCAUCAUCCGGAUACGAACAAGGCCGAUCCCGAAGCUGCAAAGAAGUUUGCCGAAGCGACCGAAGCGUGGGAGAUCUUGGGCGACGACGACAAGCGGCAGAAGUACGACGCGUACGGGCACGCGGGCGUGGACGAGCAAGGAGGUGCGAAUCAGCCGCAACGAGGCGCUGACAUUCAAGUGGACUUGACGCUCAGCUUUAUGGAAGCUGUAAAGGGUACGAUGCGCGACUUGAACAUUACUACCAAUGUCGAGUGUGACACGUGCGACGGAUCUGGGGCCAAGCCUGGCACCAAGGCAAAAACGUGUCCCGCUUGCAACGGAUCGGGCGUACAGAUUAUGCAGCAGGGCUUUUUUGCAGUUGAGUCUCCAUGUCGUCGGUGCCGUGGUGAAGGAACGAUUAUUGAGUCGCCGUGUGGAACGUGCUAUGGAAAAGGAACGGUCAAGAAACCACGCACAGUAGAGGUGAAGAUACCUGAAGGUGUGGAUCAGGGCAUGAAUCUUCGACUGGCGAACCAGGGCGAGCCUGGCCAACGUGGUGGACCAGCGGGACAUCUCUACGUCGGUAUUCACGUGUUGCCCGAUCCGUUCUUCAAGCGCCGCAAAACCGAUGUCUAUGUCGAUGUGCCCAUUUCGGUAGCACAGGCCGUAUUGGGAGGAACAGUUGUGGUGCCUACAUUGACAGGUGAAGUAGAGAUGAAGAUUCCGCGUGGAACGCAGCCAGAGACAGUGUUACAGAUGCGCGGCAAGGGAAUCAAGGAGCUCAAUUCGAACCGCCGCGGGUCGCAGCUAGUAAAUCUACAGGUCUGCGUUCCAAAGAGUUUAUCGCCGCGACAGGAAGAGCUGAUGCAGGAGUUUCUGAAGGAGGAAAACGAUCGCGUUGAGAAAGGUGACGACCCAGACAGCAAGCCGCAUUCGUUUACCAAGUCGGUGCGGGACACUGUCGAUCGGAUAAAGAGUUUUAUUAAGGGCUGCAAGACCGAAGAGUCGAAUUAG